CUUUUCCAAUUGGAUUUUGGUCCAUCUCUAUUUAACCAUCUGAUAAUUUCACAAUCGCAGGAAAACGCAUUGUUUUUGGUGAAAUACAAGGGCUAAACCAUUGCAACAGAGUUGUAACUGCUUGACUAAACUGCCGCGCCUCGAUUGCGCUAUAAAAUAGAAUUCUCACCGAGACCGGACACUUCAAAUCCGCUGCUAAACGCAGCUGGUGAGGAUCUGACAAGAGGUUUGUUUGUGCUUGGCACACAGACUUCCACACAAUUACCACCGAAACGGGUCUCGAAAUUGUCCAGCCAAGUGCCAAAAGAAUGUCGUCACCAUGGGUUAAGGCCAGUGAGCCAGUGCAGGCAUUGAACCUGGCGGACAUAAUGUCAGAGCAGUAUGCCCACCAGCUGCACGACAAGGAGCUGCAAAAGCAAAAGAAGCCGUCGGAGCAGCCUGUCAUAUCCUCCAUUUGGCAAGGAGCUGCUAGCCCGAACCCCUCCUCUAGCUACUCCGAUGUGGCGGGAUGUUCCGUGCAAAAACCCAGCGAUGCCGAGGAGUGGGAGGAUUACUCGGCCCUGCUCAACGACAGCGACAUACCGCUGCCCGAGGAUAUUCCGGCUCUGGAGGAGGACAGCGAUGCUGUCAUAGCCCAGAUGCUGCAGUCCCAGUUCGAUCACGAGUACAACGAGGAACUGCGUCGCAUUGAACGUAAGCAGAACAAGCAGUCCAAGGUCACGGUGACGCUAAACAAGUUCCUGCGCGACGGCGAUGCCGAGUUCCUGCACGACACCGCCGAGGAUGCCUACGAGGAGGAUGAGCUAGAGCAGCUAAAGCACGACUGGGAUAGGUUUGAGGAGAACGAACGGCAGCUGGAUGCGAUUCCACGCUGUGGUUUCAAGGUGAACAAGGAGGGCGAGAUGAUUACCAAGCACGAUCCGCAGCUAUGUGCAGUGCGCAAUGCCCAGCGGGUAAUGUCCUUUCCGCCAGAGUUUCCCACCGGCGAUGGAGCCGGAUUCGAUAUGAAGCUGUCCAACAAGGUUUUUAACCAACUGCGGGCCUACUCCAGGCGUGGACGCUCUGAUAAACACGAGAAAGUGGCCACUGCCGAGAUGGGCUUGGAUGCCAGCACCCGCCUCCUGUUGUACAAGCUGAUUAACAAUCAAAUACUCGAGCAGAUCAAUGGCAUCAUCUCCACGGGCAAGGAGGCGGUUAUUCUGCAUGCCAACUCGGAUGCCAACUACACGGGCAGCAAUGAGCAUGGUCACCAGAGCGGUGUACUGAUGCCAGCGCAUCUGCUGCCAAAAGAGUGCGCCAUCAAGAUAUUCAAGACCACGCUGAACGAGUUUAAGCAGCGGGAUCGGUACAUCAAGGACGACUAUCGCUUCAAGGAUCGUUUUAGCAAGCAGAACCAUCGCGUCAUCAUCAAUAUGUGGGCGGAGAAGGAGAUGCACAAUCUGAUGCGGAUGCAGGGCAUCGGUUUGAAUGUUCCAGAUGUGGUGGUCCUAAAAAAGCAUGUGCUGGUCAUGCGCUUUAUUGGCGACAACCACAAUGCGGCGCCCAAGUUGAAGGAUGCCCGACUGAGUGCCGCAGAGCUGAGUUGCGCCUACGAGGAGAUCGUGGCCGCCAUGCACAAGCUGUACAACGAGGCCAAGCUGGUGCAUGCGGACAUGAGCGAGUACAACAUCCUGUGGUUUGAGGGCAAGUGCUGGUUCAUCGAUGUGGCCCAGAGUGUCGAGCCGAAGCACCCAAGUGCCCUGGAGUUUCUCAUGCGGGAUUGCGGCAACAUUGUCAACUUCUUUGAGCGCCGCGGUCUGCCCAACAUCUACACGAAGGAGCAGCUGUUUGAGUUUAUUACAGGACUCAAUGCAGAGGUUCACAAUGCAGCCCAGCUGGAGCAGAUCCAUACGCGUGGGGCUUCCAUCAACCAGGCCACGGCUCCCAAUCAGGAGGAGUGUCCCGACGAACUCAAGCCCUUGGAGUAUCCCUUCGAGCUGGCCUGGGAGAAGUCGCAGCAGGAUCGUGAGGCAAGCAAGGCCCUUAAGUUGAAGCAGGAGAAUAAGGAAAACGAAAACGAGGCGGAUCAGGAUCAGGAUCAGGACAGCGAUGGCAACGAGAACGACCAUGACGACAAGGAAACUGACAAGAAAACUGCCAAGCAUUGAAUUUUCUAAAAAGAAAGCGUUUAAUAAUUUAAUUUGUAAAUGAUAUUAACAAAUUGGGCGCCAGAGUUUCUAGUUGAAUUUGUGAAAUUCCCAAGGAGAAAAAUAAUUAUAAUAAUAAUGAUGCUUAUAGUCAAGCACCUUGACUAUAAAAGAGGCCUCGAAAGAAA